AUGCCCAUUAUCAACGCUGAGUCCCCUCCCACCGCUACCGACGACAUCCACUACGUCGUCUACUUUGCCUCAGGCGAACCCUCUUGGUGUCCCGACUGCCGCAAUGCCCUCCCUGCUUUGAAUGCCGUCUUUGGCGACGCAUCAGCUCCCAACGCCCAUCUAGUCAAGGCAGGCUCUCGAGAAGAAUGGAAGGGAAACCCCGACAACAAGUAUCGCAAGGCGCCUUACAACAUUCAGUGUCUUCCCACUGUCGUCAAGGUCAAAUAUGGCGAGGAGGUUGGACGUCUUGGUGACGAUGAGAGUCAGAAUGAGUCUGACCUUCGCAAGCUGGUGAAGCUAUGA